AGAGGGAGAAGGAACAGAGCUGCAGUCUGUCAGGAGAGCAUCUCCGAGCCCAUUGUCCACAGCUGACACCCGGGGACAGAGCACGUCCUGCACCGCACUGACUGUGGAGGACGAGUACCCCUGUACACAGGCUGCUGCCAUGUGAAGCCUCCCAACACUACUUCAGCCGGACUAUGGACACCUUGGACUGGGCACUGCUGCAGGAAUGGGAGCUGGAUGACAUGUGCGGGUAUGAACAGGACAAAAGUGUGUUGCGUAGAAAAGAAUGGGAAAGGAGAAGUCAAGAUGUACAACCAAGUGAGGAUUUCUUUUUUGCCAAUUAUCCCCUUUUCAGCGAACCAUACAAGACCAGCAAGGGAGAUGAACUCUCAACUCGUAUUCAAAGUACACUUGGAAACUAUGAUGAAAUGAAAGACCUGUUGACUGAAAGAUCCAAUCAAAGUCAUCUAGUUGGCAUUAAACAAACUGAAGCAGUUGGUACCCCUGACUGGAACAAAGAGGAACAUUAUCAACAGAACACAACAGAAAGCCAUUACUCAAUUUGUCAUAAAGUACAAACUGGCAUCCCAUUUGGAAAUUUACCCAUAAAGUUAAAUACCAGAGCCACCAUGGACUGGCAAAAAGCUGAAAAUUCCUCUGAGGGACAGAAAGCUUCAGGUAAGGCUAAACAAAGCACAAUUGGUUCUCCUAGUACUGACUUUAAAUAUGGACAGCAAAAGCACAAAGCGGAAAAAAGUAAGAGCUGCUUAUUGAACCCAGCAUCAUCUGGAAAUUCUAAUGACCAUCAUGUGAACAUUCUGACUUGUACAUCGGACAAGCCUCUCAAUAGACAGAUACUAAAUUCACAAGUAACUUGCAGUCUAGAAGUGGACCUCUCCAACAAAGAAAAGACUCGUAACAAAAAUAGUAGUAGCUCACAUUGCUUGCAGAACUUUCCAGUGUCCAUUGUCUCAAAACUCAAUCCAAUCCAGCGAAAGCCAACGGCAUAUGUUCGACCAAUGGAUGGUCAAGACCAAACACCCAAUGAGUCACCAAAGCUAAAAAUAUCCAGUGAAUUUAAUUCGCUCUUUCCAUUAUUCAGAGGACUUUCUAACAAAGCUGAUUCUGAGAAGGUACUAAAUGAAAAAACAGAAACAUUCCCAGAGUUUGAAGAGGGAGAGGAUUAUCUACAUAGCAGCAUGGGAUUGUGCAGUCAAAAGAAUGACGAUUUGAAGGUCACAAGUCCAACAUACUGUGCAGCACAAAUAUCAACAUUAGAAGAUGAUCUCAAACUUAGCAGUGACGAGGAUGACUGUAUUCAGCCAGGAACCCAGGGACAAGCCAUCGUUCUCCAAAAUGACAGUGGUGACUUUCAGAAAUGCAGCACCAAAGGAGUCUCCAUCAAAGGGUCAAGCAGCAGCAGCUCGAGUGAAACUGACACUAGUUCUGAAUCAGACUCCGAGAGUGAGAGCAGUUCCAGUGAGAGCAGCAAGCCAUCCGCAUGUACCAGCCCUGAGCCUCAGCACGCAACAGCAAACAAAUGGCAGCUGGAUAAGUGGCUGAACAAAGUCAAUCCAAACAAGACCUCUAUUCUCAGCCAAGCAUCAAGCAUAAAUCUCGGAGGAGUAAAUGAGGGAGAACAGGGCUGUGAGAACACAUCUCAGGUUCAGCAGGCAAGCCCAAGUAACAGAGAUGACAGAGAAGACAGGAGUGUAGAAGCACAGUGCACUGUUAUAGGAAACAGAAGCGUGAAGCUUCGGUCACCUCCACCAGUUGCACAUGCAGCUACAGUUGUGGUUGCAGUUCCUUCUGAAAAUACAUCCCCAAGGAGACCAGUAAGCAGAAAGCUUACCAGGAGGACAGAGAGGCCAUCUAGUGGUGAAAAUCAGAAUUGCCACAAACUAGAUGAUCAUACUUUCAGCCAAGGAAUUCUGGGGAGAGAAAUAUUUGAACAAAGUAAAAGUAAAUUAACGUGUUAUAGCAGAGGGUUGCAAAGAAAAGAAUCUAGAACAACUCUGUUUGAUUGCAAAAGUAAACAAACUCAAAUUACUAAAUCUGUCCCAAAGUCCAAGGAGAGUCAUGAGCUUUCACUGCAGUCUUUUGACCACAGCACAGAAACAGAACUAGACAUACCUCCUUUUUGUAAAAAUAACUCUGAUCUUCCAUCAGAGAGUAAACCCAGGAAUACAGAGUGUGCGAGUCAUAAUAUUAACCAAGCUGGUUCUUAUAUUACACAACAUUGUAUUAACCGGAGGACUACAAGUGAGGUUGCCCCUGAACUGGAAGAACAGUUUUAUACUCUGGUUCCUUUUGGGAGAAAUGAAUGCUCUGUGAAAGGCAGCAAUGAUAACAUCAAGUCACUUUGGGUACAGAUUGAUCUGAUGCUUUUGUCAAGAAUUCCACACGGUGUUCACCAGAAGAAUCUCAACAUGAAUAACAACACAGACAAGAUAUUGACUUCAUCACAAAGUAAAUGUUUACUCCAAGCAACAGAUAAACCUUUAGUGAAAAUGCGACGGAAACGUAAGUGUGAAAGUGAGGGAUCUCAGGAGAUGAAGAAGAAUCCCAUGGAAAAGGAAGAUAUUCUACAAUUUCCAAUUGAGAAUAAUUAUACGGCAAACAGUGAGAGCUUAGAACUCAGCAGCUUUGAGAUGUCCCUAUCAAAACCAGAGCUAUAUCUGUCUCCGUUACCGUUCCUUCAUGAUGAACAUAAACCAAAAUGCACAACUGAGGAACUAUCUUCUGCAAAUAAAUGUGACAGGGGUAUUGGGUCCACCAAUGUUUCUUGCAGUCGUCAUUAUCAUCAAGAGAAGCACACACAUUCUCGACAGAGAUCACAACCAUCAAAUAACACAAGCUCUCUAAGUAAUAAAGAAGAGUCAAAUGCAAACCUUUGGUCUUCGGCACUGAAUGGACAUACAGAUACAAAGAUAACUAAGCAGCUGCCUGAAAGCACAAGACCUAACAAUGCAGAUUACUUUAUGCAGGAAGCUAAACGAAUGAAGCAUAAAGCAGAUGCCAUGGUGGACAAAUUUGACAAAGUGUUGCACUAUACAGAAGCAGCCCUGGCUUUUAUUGAAUGUGGAAAUGCUAUGGAACAUGGACCAAUGGAAUCCAAGUCCCCAUAUACAAUGUACUCAGAAACAGUAGAACUUAUAAGGUAUGCCUUGAGGCUGAAUUCACAUUUGAGUCACAGUGCUUCUACGCAGGACAAGAAAAUUACAGCUCUAUGUUACCGCUGUCUGGCUCUUUUGUACUGGAGAAUGUUUCGCCUCAAGAGGGAUCAUGCAGUGAAGUAUUCUAAAGCUCUUAUUGAUUAUUUUAAGAAUUCAGCUAAAGGGCCACGAGUACCAUCACCAUGGAAUGGAAAGACCACAGGGACUUCCUCACCAAUGUCGCCCACACCAUCUCCAGUGAGCUUUCAAGGAAGCAUCUCUAGUUCUGGUGCUACCAGCUCUAGUUCUUCUAUUGUUAGCAUUCCCCAACGCAUUCACCAGAUGGCCGCCAACCAUGUCAGUAUUACCAACAGUAUCCUGCACAGUUAUGACUACUGGGAAAUUGCUGAUAAUCUUGCCAAAGAAAACACAGAGUUCUUCAAUGAGCUCGAUUCAUCAAUGGGACCUAUAACACUGCAUAGUUCAAUGGAACACUUGGUCCAAUACACCCGACAAGGACUUUCCUGGAUACGACAAAUUUCCCGCCAUGUUAUGUAGUUUAUUUUUUUACUACUGCAUCUGUUUCCACUGAACUGCUACUUUUCCAGGUAUUAAGCUUUUGAAGAGCUUUCUGUAAAUCCCUCAUCAGCAUUGGACAGAGAGCUUCAAUAGUGGAGAACUGCAUAGUGUGCAUUAUAAGUACAACCACACCAGGCAAAGUACAAACUCAUGGUCAUGUAGAAGCAAGAGCAAUUCAGGUAUGUGCGCUAGAAACGUCCUUGGCCUGCUCCCUCUGACUGUAUUUAGAAUAUCUGUAUUCUCUCAAAGGAGAUCUAAUUUCAUGUUGUAUUGUGUUAACGUCAAAGUGGAUCCACUGCGUUACUAUAGGAUUUAGUUUGGGUCCAGACAAUGGAUGAUCUUUUCUUCAUUAUUUUAAUGAGUGCCGUAUAGCAUCUGUAUAUGUGUCAUGAAGUGACAGACUACACAGAUGCUACAGGUGAUGGAGGCCAUUGUACACAACUUAUUAAAAAUAAAAUUUUAAAUUCAUAAUAAAACAAAAUACACCAAUAAAGUUCUUUAACUUAAUAACACAAUUUUAUUUAUAACAAAAAAGUGAUACAUUCCCAAGACUACAAAAACAUGGCUGCCUUCUUUCUCAAACAGACCUACUUCUGAAAGGCAAACAUGGCCAAGCUUUGAGAUAGACAUCAAGAACAUGCAUGCAUUUUCAGCAGCCUAUACUUUUUGUAAAGGCUGAAAAUGGAAAUACAAAAAACGCCUCCUCACCUGGAUUUAUUGUCAAUGCUUAUACAGUCUUUACAGACCCAGCAGCAGUGCCCAAACUAGGGAUCGACCGAUAUCGGUUUUUUAGGACAGAUACCGAUAAUCUGGGGAGGUUAGGGCCGAUAGCCGAUAAUUUAUACCGAUAUUCCGGUAUAAGUUAUCGGCUAUUUAUCCCUCUGCGACACCGCUGCAGAUCAUUGAUUUAAAGCGGGCGCUUUAAAUCAAUGCACUGCAGUGGCUUUUGCGGUGCCAUAGGCCGCCGCCGCCACCCACUUCUCUCCCCCUGCCUGUCCGGGGGUCCUGAGACCUAUCACCGCCACCGCUCCCCCCGCUGCGCCUAGGGGUGCCUCCAGCUGUUGCAAAACUACCACUCUCAGCAUGCCCGGACAGCCAACGGCUGGGAGUUAUAGUUUUGCAACAGCUGGAGGGCCUCAACAGUUGGAGGGUUUACUGUAGGUAUAGUAUAUUAUACAGACCCCUGUCCAUCCCAGAACCCUGACUCACCUUCCCAGUUGCUGCAGGGACCGUCCGGGGAGGGUGGUCCGGGCCAUCCAUCCUU